AUGGAGAUAUGUAAGACUUCUGCUGGUAUAAUCUUAACACAACACAAAUUCACAAAGGAAUUGCUACAAUUCAGUGGUCUUGAUCUAUCGAAAAGAGCCACCACUCCACUCCCCACAUCUUUCAAAUUACAUUCAGAUGUAGGAGACCCUUAUUUUGAUCCAGCUUUCUACAGAUCAUUAGUUGGAAAGUUAAACUUUCUUACUCACAGCAGGCCUGAUCUUACUUUUGUUGUUCAGACCUUGAGUCAGUCCAUGCAAGAUCCCAAGGUUCCUCAUAUGCAAGCCCUACACCAUACAUUGAGAUAUAUUGCUGGUUCCAUUGGCCAAGGCAUUCUCUUAAAGGCUGGUGAACGUAUUUCUCUUAUUGGCUAUUCAGAUUCAGAUUGGGCUACUUGUCCCACAACUAGAAGGUCUAUAACUGGGUACCUUGUUUUGUUUGGUGGCUCACCAGUUUCAUGGAAAAGAAAGAAACAGUCCACUAUAUCCAAGUCUUCCUCAGAAGCAGAAUAUCGUGCUAUGGCUGCUGUUGCUUCUGAAAUUACUUACAUUGAAAAGAAUCCUGUGCCCUAUGAGCGUACAAAACACAUUGAAUUAGAUGCUCAUUUCACUCGAGAAAAGGUCCUAGAUGGUCUGUUACAGUUGCAAUAUCUUCCCACUGCUCAACAGUUAGCAUAUGCAUUCACUAAGAAUUUGUCUGCAGCACAACUACAGUAUUUGAUGACCAAGCUAGGUCUAGUUCAAACCACCAUCCCUAGCUUAAGGGGGGGUAUUGGGGAUGAUGCAUCUAGCUCAACAAAUCCACCACAAGCUGGUUGA